UGUGAAUUGCGAGGGAAUUUCACACAAGAGAGGACCCCUGUACUCCUCUACAAAACAACAACACCCUCGCUGAUAUUUUGUGUGUUUUGCAAAGUGCAUAGAGUGUCCAAAUUGACCAUCAUGUGGGGUGUGGUGUGUAGGUGGAAAGAAGAAAAAUGAUGGUACAUCAAUUAAAUUGACCUCACUUGCAUAAUAAAUAUUUGAUUCUUCAGCGACGGAUUGAAUUAAUUUCCAUAAUAGUCAAUUAUUAUAAUUUUUUUCUUCUUUUUUGUUCCUAUUAGAAAGAUAAAAGUGCGUGUGGGUUUUUUGUGCGCGAUAAAUCAAUAAAUCUACGAGGGAGGAUCUCUUUUUUUUUCAUUGCUUCUUCUCCUUUGAAUGCGAGACAUAAUUCAAACAAUUCAAAAGAUUUUCCUCAUUAAAAUUUUACAAAGGAAUUCCUCGAGCCAUCCCUGCGUGACCUUUGGAGUUUUUUUUCUUCUAAAUUCUUUUCCAAUAAGCUAUCACACCUCCCACGAUCUAGAGAAAAAUGGAAUUUUCAAAUAAUAAAUCACGCGGGAAUCCCUCACCAAUCUCCGAAGAUAAUUUCAAUGUUGUCGUACGUGUGCGACCAUUGUUGGCAAAGGAAGUUCAAUCGAAUGAUUCAAUGGUCAUACAAUUCCCGGGAAAUGGGCAAAUCUACUGUGAUUGCUCAAGUGGUGGAAGCAGUGCUGGGAGUACGGGUAGUAGUGCACAGAGACCCAAACUUUUCUCCUACAAUGUCGUCUUCGAAACAGGUGCCACACAGGAGGAUAUACUUCAAUAUUCGGGAAUUCAGCGACUGAUUGCAAUGGCCGUGGAGGGAUUCAGCUGUACUGCCUUCUGCUACGGUCAAACAACAUCAGGGAAGACACACACCCUCACUGGUCCCCCUGAUCUCUUCCUACGUCGCCCAGAUCCCACAGAUGAACGCCAUGGGCUGAUUUUUCGCUCCUUUGUCUAUCUCUUUCAGCUGUUGCGCGAAAAGAAAGACACGAAUUUUGUGCUGAAAGCUUCGUUUUUGGAGAUUUACAAUGAAAAGGUGAUUGAUCUCCUCAAUCCCGGUACAGCACGGAAGCCCCUUGCUGUGAGAUGGAGUAAGAAAUCUCGAGGAUUUUUCGUUGAGAAUUUAUUUACUGUCGACUGUGAGCAAUUGGAUGAUUUGUUGGCUGUUCUCGAGGAAGGGAUGCGCAAUAGAUCCGUGGGAUCGCACAGUAUGAAUGAGCAUUCAUCGCGUAGUCAUACAAUCCUUACAGUUUACAUUACGUCCGAGCAACAAGCUGAACGUGGGGUCUUCCUGUCGAAGCAGGGAAAAUUGAAUUUUGUCGAUUUGGCCGGCAGUGAGAUGACCAAGAAGACCAAUAGUGAAGGGAAGACCCUCGAGGAAGCUAAUAACAUCAAUAAGAGUCUCAUGGUAUUGGGCUAUUGCAUCUCAUCGUUGAGUGAUGCAAAGAAGAAGCACGGGCACAUCCCGUACAGAGAUAGUAAACUAACAAAACUCCUAGCUGAUAGUUUAGCUGGCAAUGGGGUUGCCCUCAUGAUUGCCUGCAUCUCACCAGCACGUUCCAAUUUAUCCGAAACCUUGAGUACCCUCAGGUACGCAGCCAGGGCUAAGAAAAUCCGAACUAAACCCCUUAUUGUGAUGGACCCGCGGGAGGCAAUGAUUCUCAGUUUAAAACGUGAAAUUGAUACGCUACAGCAGGAAAAUGAACACCUCCGGACAGCUCUCUACGUGGAGACGGAAAAGAAGUUCGAUUCGAAGAGUGGAAGCAGUUCAGCAUCAGCUAAUUCAACUUCCGUUUCAGCACCCAUAAUGAAUCUCGAUGAGAAGCAGGUGACGGAACUCGAUGGGGCACAACUUGUGGAAUUAGUGAAGCUCUAUAUGCUUGAGAAUCAAUCACUACGCACGGAAAAUUCCGAGCUCUACACCGUGAGGGAUAUGGUGCUACGUGAUCAGGAGAUUGUCUGCCGUGAAAAUGAGAGAUUGUUGAAAAAGCUUGAAGAUGUUAAUUCAGUAUGCUGCAGAUCACCAAUAAUUCCCGCCCGGCCGACAUUCUCCGCGGAAAUACUCAACAUGUCCACGGGGAGUGAACCAGAACAGCCCAAUAUAUGGAUUGCGCCAUCAGCAAACAACCAAAACCCCUCAACAUACUGAUUCAAGUGCUUUUUUCUUGCAAAUCAUCAUGUUGGUUAAUGACUAAUGUAUCAUUCACGCAAUCCGCGCAACACGGAAUUGGCCCCUGGUCAUUCCUGGACAGUCAUGUGGACAAGGACAAAGUGAUAUAGCCUGGCGUGAAGCUCUUCAGCGUCAAAAUUUGUAUAUACAACAAUGAUUAUAUAUUUUAGGGAAAAUUUACACGUAGAGGAAAAAUUUUAUUGAAUAAAUGGUUUCCAUGGGAAUACCUUUAUGCCCAAA